CGUCUUCACUCCUCCCUCCUCCCUCUUCUCUCCUUCUUUCUUAACUUUCUCUUUCAACUUCUCUCCCGACUUCUCUCUCAACUUUUCUCCCAACAACUCUUGCAACUUCUCUCUCAAACAUGGUCGACACAGCGUCGUAACUAUUGAAAUUCAACACAAGAAUCCACAAGGAGCCUUUAUUUGGCCCCUCCUUAUUUAAAUUGGCUUGACAGUUCUGUGCCAUCUAUAAGACGGCUCCAGAUAAUCUCAGCUUCAGCUUCAAUAUCUGCAGCUCGUGCCCUCUGAUCUGACCUACAUGAUGAAUGCUCUUACGCCUCUUUCGGAUUUCGCCCCGCAGAGGCUGCCCAUGGCACCGCCAAUGCCGCCCACUGGCUUCAUUGACCUGCCUGUCGUCCCAGGAUAUGUGCCUCCUGAGCUGUUCACCAAUUUCCCGCCAAAUGCUCCUGCUUUCUUCUCGACCAACCUCAGAUCACGCUCAAUUCGACUUGUACCAAAACCGGCACCACAAUAUGCGGUCCGAACCAAUAAUCCAAACGAUAUCUACGAAAGAGCCAAUUUCUAUCGAGAUAAAUAUCCAGGUUUCGUUCAUACUAUUCAAUCUUUGCCGAUUGCCUGGGAAGAUCUAUACACUUACUUUGAUCCCUUGGAUAUCUGGAUGGAGGGAGCCGGCUUCUGCUUCAACGUCAUCCACCGUCUCGCAGCUACCAAUAUCGAGAAGAGACGACAGAUAGAGUCAUUCGUCAACGAAUGGUCUGUAGUCAAUCUCGCAAAGCUUGCCAGAGUCCCCCCCAACACACCUGUCAUGGCGGUAUUUGAACCCGAAGAUUAUCAGUACUUCGACUUCGAUAACUUGCCUCGUACUGAUAUGGUUGACGUAUGCAAUUUUCUUGCUCAACGGUGCUAUGCUCUGCAACCACAACUCCAGCUUAUCAGAGAAGGCCUCGCGCGGUCCGUGGAAAUCGAUGGAAAUAAUUUUGCUCCCCCAGUUCCAACUCGACCAGGCCCAAAGGCCCAACACCAGAUUCCAUGGCAGGAAUCUCCAAAUUCAGACGCAAUAGGUCUUGGGAUUGCUUCUGCCAGAGAGUCUGCCGGAGAAUAUCAUGUGCACCGACGUGAGGUCUCGCUCGAAAAGAAUCGCGGCAUGGUCCGCUACUCUCAAGUUUCGCAGACGAAAAUCGAACCGAUUUACACGUAUAAUCCGCAUAGAAUCUCUCGGAGUAGACCUAUGUCUCUGGCUGGACCGAUUCCAACGGCCUAUACGCCACCUCGCGACUUCAAAGACCGAGCAUUAGCCAACGAUAAUGACCAGGAUCGUGUAAUAUCCGGUUCCAAGCCUGGAGUGAACCGGAACAGGGCCUAUUCAAAUGUACCCAGGAACAAAACCUUUACAAAGUACGAGGCUGCAGCAAUCGUUGAAGUAAAAACUGCGAUUCCAGAUACACAGAAUCCUGCGGAGAAAUAUUAUUAUAUUCAAAACUCCGCGACCCUCGUGAACGCCGUAAUCGAAGAAGGUCGCUCGAUCUAUAUACGGGGGUUUACAGACGACGAGUUCACUUCAGAUCUUGUUCCAACAAUGAUGGAGUGUUGCGGAGAGAUCGAGGGAUACAGACCCCUCAAGGACUUUGCAUUUAUGACCUUCAAAGCCGAUACGAGUGCUACAGAGGCAAUCCAACGCUUCAACGGAUUCUUUUAUGAUGGCAGAGUAUUGAUAGUUGCACCCUAUCGGAGAAAGGCAGAGAUUGAUAAUCGGAAUGGGCCAAAUCGCCACCGAGGAGACUCGUUUAGAGGCAACCAGCGCUACAUGAGCGAUCAUACUGGAGAUUCAUCUGAAGCUGGUGAGCACAGGCGAACUUAUAAAACCACCGAAAGGGACCAGAAUGCCAGCGUUUCAAACAAUGGAGAUCAAAUGCCGAGAAAAGAAGCCAACACGCCUUCAAAACGAUACAAUACGCCAUCCAAACAGAAUCUUACGAUUAAGAAGGCAUAUAUUGAAAGUGGCACUACGCCCAGGGGUGGAAAGGGCCACCGAUCGACAAGCUCAGGCCAGUCAACCAAGACGACGAAGUCUUUUGACACAGGAAAGCUACGAAACGACAGCAUCCCUGGCAUUCCAACCAGUAAGGGGUCACUUGCUGUUUCUGAGAACCUCUCUGUGCCCGAGGAAGGAAAAUAUGGGACCUCAUUCAGCAGCUACAGUUCAUCCUUUACUCACAAGGAAAGCAUAUUUGAUGAAUCGCCAGCUGAAACCUUGCUCUACCACACUAUGAAGAAUUCUGAGAGCUCGUCUGGCAACAAGGAAAGUUUUAUUAGCAGCGACGUUCUCUCAGCUUCCCCCGAGCGUCGUGAUCCCAGCACGACCAUGGGAGAAUCGGAUAGGCUUGGAAAAAAGAAAAAGAAAAAGCUUAAGAGCAUUGAUUUCAUUGCAAUUGCCACUGGUGGCACUGGCCACUCGACACGCAAGACGGCAGCUGAGGUGAUGAGUGCCGAGGCAUUGAAAUCUGAGGGCAUAUCUGAUGCAAACAACGACGACGCUGGCUCUUACAACCCCCCCAAACUAGAUUCAGAGACAAAAGACGAAGAAUCGUCCACGCAACCCACUUCGAAUAAAGGCCUGGCAGGAGUCGGCGAGUUUGGAGGCAGAUCACCUUUGAAAAGGCCCACGAAGGUGAACCGUGGUUCUCCUAGAAAGUUAACCACGGACGAGGGGUCGCCCAGAUCCUCAAAGAAAAAGCAUGGCAAGACGGACAGUAACAACUCAUCUCUUGGUAUCGAGACCAGAGUGAAGAAGUAUGAAGGCUACGAACUAACUACGAAUGAGAUUAUUUACAACCCUGGUGAAGCCCCUCAGUCAGAGGCUGGAAAUCAAGUGAAGGUCAAGUUUUUUAAAAGAAACAAGUCCAACAUCGACCUCAAAGAGAACACACACUCCGAACGUGUCCUUCCAGCUACAGAGGUCAAUAUACUCACCGACCCCACGCACUGGCCGAGUCUUGGAGAAGAAAAGCCCAGUUUCCGAAUCGACCAAAGCACUACUGGCCAUUUAACCAUGGCGCUGUUGAACCCCGCGCUGGAUGAAUGCGUGGUGACAGCGAGGAGGAAUUCUAUGGCAGCCAUUAUUUCUCAAAAAACCAGAAUCGUUCCUGCAGUACCACUGCUCCUUCGAUCCGUGACAAUGGCUGAGACGAGGUCUGUCAGCAGUGAUUCAGCUAAGAGCGACGACACGAUAAUCACUGUCGCCAACACCACAGGAACCAGACUCUGGCCUGCAGUAGUGAAGUGGGCCGGGAAGCCUCCAAGCGCAGACGUCGUUGAAAAUCAGCCCGAAUCAGCCGCCCCCGCCAGCUGCCCGUAG